CGCCGCCAUUUCAAAGCUGAGGGGGCGACACCAGCUGUUCAUUUUUCUACAUCUUUUUUUAAUUUUUCUUAUGCAUUUUUAUGUUUCUUAGCGAUUAAAUUGGCCUAAAAGUCGAAUCUACCUCGCGUGCAACACCAACUGAAAUGGAUGCAGACACAGAGGGGAAGAUGAAAGAAACUCCAAAGAUUUCCAAGGAUGAACCUGAGAAACCUGUAACCGAAAAAUUCAGGGGUCGUGGGUUCAGAGGCCGUGGUCGAGGGGGUCGGAUGAGUCGUGGUGUCAUGCGUGGUGGGCGAAGCAUCAUGAAGGGGUUCGGUCCACCUGGGCAUGGAAGGGGUCGAAUGAAGGAUGGAGGCAUGAAUGGAUUCGAACCCAUGAGGGGAAUGGGGCGGAUGCGUCCUUACCCAGACCUCAGAGGUCAUCGUGGUAGGUGUGGACCAAUGGGUAUGGGCCCUCCUCCUCCACCAAUGCCUCCAAUGCACCUCAGAGGCCUCUUCCCACCCCUGCCCAGGCACGGACCCCCUCCACCCCCUCCUCUGGGUCAUCCUGGUUUCAGAGGACGACCAUCUCACCCAAGAGGUAGUGGCAUGCCACCUCAUGGACCUCCACGCCACUUCCACCCCCGUGGCGCCAGAGGCUAUCACAAUGGACCAGUCUCUCCUCCGCCUCACCCCCCAUCUGGCAGAGGCCAGAGGUGGCCAGGGCCCCCUGGUGGCCGGCGCUUUUAACACAACUUGUCCUAAAAACAAAAGCGAAGCACUUAUUAAAGGGGCCUAAAGUGAACGAAACACCCCUGAACUAUGUGUUAUAUAAAGUCUAUAAGUAUCUCUACUCUGUGGCCAAAUGUCUGGUUAUUGAUAUUGUCUACUGGCAAAUAAAUAAUGUGAAAUGGCUAACGACAAAACCAGGACUCAUGAAAUGCCUCCACAUUUAAUGAAAAGGCAUUCUCACCUUCUGCUACCUGUAAAUCUGGUUUAUACUGUAGGAAUUAGUUGAAAAUUGUUGAGAACGAGCUGUUAAAAACAAGGUUGAAGCUGCUCUUCUCAGAGGGAAGGAAAUUAUGAUUGAAUAGAAUUAAAUGUUCUGUAUUUCUAGUAACAGUCACUCUGUGAGCCUUAAGAAAAUGUACUGAUUCUUAAUAAAGACUAAGAAAAUGGGUGGGUGUUUAUUUGAGGGUGGAGGGAAAAAAAUAAUCUAUGAAUACAUAUCACGGCCCUUAGGCAACAAUGUUAACACCUUGGACCUCCCUAACCUUUCCUUUUGUUACUGAUGUAUUAUAACCUCACCAAGCAGUCCUGCACAAAGUGUUUAACACUCCCACACUUCCAAGUGAUUAAGUGUUCAAUUUAAUUUUAUAUAUUACAUCAUUAAUGUGCAGCUAUUUUUAAGUUAUGAGUAUUGCUGUUUGGAACUUUCAUUUUUGUCUCCAUCAGUCUAUUUUGUAAUGACAAAAAGGCAGAAGGCAUUAUAAAUGAUUAGUAAACUGAAAUAUAUACAUAUAAAUCUAGUGGCAUUUAUAAAUGAAAGCAAAUUCUAUUGGUAUUUGCUUCAGUUAAGGAUAAGAAAUAACUCUUUACUGUGUUGAGUUCUUUUGAAGUGUCACAACUACUUUACUCACUUUGAUUAACAUAACUUUGGUGAACCUGUGAAUGUGUUUUAUGAGAACCGUCAAGGCAUAUGACGUAGUCGUGAAGAUGAAAAACAAUAAAAGUUCAAAUAUACUCAACCUCUCCUUUUUUGGUUUGUUCACAUACAAGUCUGAGACUUGUCAUUACAAUUUACAACAUAUCUGAACUAGUGCUGCUCUCAAUGGCACAGUAAAAUUGUUUCAUAUUUGUAAGUAAACAUUUGAUCCAUGUAAAGACCAUGACACUGCAAAGAUGCACAUCAUUUUAUAGAACUGUUUGGAUGAGUGUGGAGGACCAAGAGCCCUUAAUGAACAUAAUCGUUUACAAGCAUUCAGUGGAUCCUACUGAGUCAUGUCUGUAGACUUGCUGAGGGCAGUAAUGUAGCAGCAAAAAUUAUUCAAUACUUAGAUCUUUAGUUGCAGAGAUACAAAACAUGGAGUUUAUUUUCGCCAGGAAGUGUUAGCUCGUAUUUUCAUAUGUAAAUCUGACUGGAGGACUCAAAACCGCUCCAACUUACAAGGCGUUGAAAUGACUGAACAUCAUGUUACAGUGAUAGCAUGUCUAAAAGGAGGACAUCAUCUCCAAAGGAUAAUCACUCUGCCUAACACUGGACCAAAGACUGACUUUAAAGGUCCAGUGUGUAAGACUUAGUUCAAAGGCAUAUAUUGGCAGAAAUUGGGUAUAAAAUAAUCCUAGUGGUGUUUUUACCAGUUUGUAAUCAGCUCACGUUGUCAAAUCAGAUUAUUGAUUUCUCGACCCUAGAAUAGGCUUUUUUUUUUACAGUAGCCCAGAGAGGACAAGCUGACAGGUGUUGCACUGUACCCUUUUCUGUCUUUCUUUCUCUUCAACACUUUCUGUCAAUUUUUCUGCCUUUUAAGCCUCUGCAGUCCCUUCUCCUUUCUCCCUCUUGUUGAUAUAUAUCAGGCUAACGUUUGUUGUCGUCUCCUGAAAGGGGGCACACAGUACAGUUAACCUCCCGGGCCCCCAGGAACCCCAGGUCCCUUCCUCACAUCACUUGCCCUCCUUCAACAUCGGCUGGACAGCGGAAGGUCCGUCUCUUCAAUUGAAAAGGUGAGCCUCCUCUUGUGCCUAAAUCCCUUCCUAUCAUUUCUGGAGAUUCUCUCUUUCAGAAUGGAAGGUGGAACAACUACAGAUUUACACCUGGCCCUGUCAGACAUUCAGGUACUUUGUAGUUAUUUAUAAAGAGACAAACAAAUUGUAACAUUUUUGGGAAGAUUUUUGCAGGAUUUAUAUGAAAAUACCAUGAGAUCUCUUAACAAGAAUGGUAAGUACGCCUUAUGCUAAAUCAUAAAGCAUGCAGGGACGUGUGCAGGAAGAGAAGUCCUUUAAGAGUAUGACUGCCUUUAUGAUUCAUGUCUUAGUGUUUUCUCUAAUUGACAGCAUAAAAUGUAAGGGAAGGAGCUAGGGCUAAACUCUAAAUGUAAAUGGAACCAUAUAUAUAUUUUUAGUUUUAAGUAUGAGCUGUUCAGAAAGAGUAUUCCAUGUUGCUGUCACCGUUACACAGAAAGUAACGUAUGAUCCAGUUGAAUUUGUUUUCCCUUAAACUCUUGUUGGCCACCUAUUCAAUAAAUGCAAAAA